UUAAAAAUUUUAAAAAUUUUUAAAUCAUGAAAACUGAAAACCAUUUUACAAAUAAUCAAGAUAAUUUUUCUCCAGGAGGAAGUUCUUUAGAAAAAGAUUUUAGAAAACUCAUUAAUGAUAAAAGAUUUCACGAUUUCGCCAUAAAAUGUUCAGAUGGAAAACCGGUAUAUGGAUGUAAAGCUAUUUUAGCGACUCGUUCAGAUGUUUUCGACAAAUACAUUUUCAAUUUUAUAUACAUCUAAAGUUGAAAGCUUAACUUUUAAUAAUGCCAUUGAAGUUUAUUAUGCAUCCAUCCAUUUUAAGUUGAUUGAGCUUCAAGAUCAUAUUAUUGAAUUUACAAAAUCCUUGGUUAAUGGGGACGUGGAUAUUGGCAGAAAACUUUUAUCAGAAUGUGUCGAAAAAUUCACCCUAAAAGUGGAUAAUAAAAUAUCUCAUAUUUUAGUUGAUUGGGUAGCCAAAAAUAAAUUGGAAAGAGAUAUAAAUGAUUCAUUAUCAUUGAAAGGCUUAAGAUAUCUUUUAGAAAAAACU